UCCAGAAAAUACAUUCAUUGGAGAAUGCUCUUGCCACAUAUUCCGCAAUAGAUUUUUAGCCAAAUGUGGACAUUAGGUAUCGUGUGCAUGAUGACUUUAAUUCAUGCUACUGACAGCGUUACUCUUCAAGACCUUAAGAACUUUCUGAAUACAGAUGAGAAAGUAUGGACUCGCUACAGAAGCUUUGACUUGGGCCCGAAGGAACACAAGCUUAAGUGCAUAUACGCAGAUAUCAGACGAAAAGAUCAUCGCUGCUACGUGUACGCACAGCACUACGAAGUUCAAGGUCAGUGGUAUAGCCAGUUGUUUGAUGCAGAAGUCCGUCAAAGCCGAAGUAUGCCUCCUGUGCUGCGAAUAAAAAGCAGAGACGGGAAGUCUAUGUGUGAGAUGCAAAACUGGGAUGAUCACGUUUGGCGAAACGUUCCCUCGUGUCAGAUGGCAUAUCAAAAGUAUUGUCCUGGAAGGCAAUUCCCCAUUUACACCCGUCAGUGCUCACCACCCCGUCAUCAGGAGUUCAAUUCAAAAGCAAAUUUUACACAGUGGCUUUAUUAA